AUGGAUGUUGAAAUAUUUGACGGGACAGUGACAGCAACAGUGCUACUGGAUCGUGGACUCCCCCGCCCAACAUCCCCAUCCAACACCCCCAUCCAACACCCCCAUCCAACACCCCCACCCAACACCCCCAUCCAACACCUCCACCCAACACCCCCAUCCAACACCCCCACCCAACACCCCCAUCCAACACCCCCACCCAACACCCCCAUCCAACACCCCCAUCCAACACCUCCACCCAACACCCCCAUCCAACACCCCCACCCAACACCCCCACCCAACACCCCCAUCCAACACCCCCAUCCAACACCCCCAUCCAACACCCCCACCCAACACCCCCAUCCAACACCCCCACCCAACACCCCCAUCCAACACCCCCACCCAACACCCCCAUCCAACACCCCCACCCAACACCCCCACCCAACACCCCCAUCCAACACCCCCAUCCAACACCCCCACCCAACACCCCCAUCCAACACCCCCAUCCAACACCCCCACCCAACACCCCCAUCCAACACCCCCACCCAACACCCCCAUCCAACACCCCCACCCAACACCCCCAUCCAACACCCCCACCCAACACCCCCAUCCAACACCCCCACCCAACACCCCCAUCCAACACCCCCAUCCAACACCUCCACCCAACACCCCCAUCCAACACCCCCACCCAACACCCCCAUCCAACACCCCCACCCAACACCCCCAUCCAACACCCCCAUCCAACACCCCCAUCCAACACCUCCACCCAACACCCCCAUCCAACACCCCCACCCAACACCCCCAUCCAACACCCCCAUCCAACACCUCCAUCCAACACCCCCACCCAACACCCCCAUCCAACACCCCCAUCCAACACCUCCACCCAACACCCCCAUCCAACACCCCCACCCAACACCCCCAUCCAACACCCCCACCCAACACCCCCAUCCAACACCCCCAUUUUUGGAACAUAGUUUAAUUUUAAAAAUAUCUAUUUUGCAGCUGUGGCUGAGAAAAUAUAUUGUCCCCAUACAAACUCCCAGUCCCCCGCCCAACAUCCCCAUCCAACACCCCCAUCCAACACCCCCACCCAACACCCCCAUCCAACACCCCCACCCAACACCCCCAUCCAACACCCCCACCCAACACCCCCACCCAACACCCCCAUCCAACACCCCCAUCCAACACCCCCACCCAACACCCCCAUCCAACACCCCCAUCCAACACCCCCACCCAACACCCCCAUCCAACACCCCCACCCAACACCCCCAUCCAACACCCCCACCCAACACCCCCAUCCAACACCCCCACCCAACACCCCCAUCCAACACCCCCACCCAACACCCCCAUCCAACACCCCCAUCCAACACCUCCACCCAACACCCCCAUCCAACACCCCCACCCAACACCCCCAUCCAACACCCCCACCCAACAUCCCCAUCCAACACCCCCAUCCAACACCCCCAUCCAACACCUCCACCCAACACCCCCAUCCAACACCCCCACCCAACACCCCCAUCCAACACCCCCAUCCAACACCUCCACCCAACACCCCCACCCAACACCCCCAUCCAACACCCCCAUCCAACACCUCCACCCAACACCCCCAUCCAACACCCCCACCCAACACCCCCACCCAACACCCCCAUCCAACACCCCCAUCCUACAGAAUAUCAGAUGGUCGGGCCCUUAAGUCUUUCACCGUUAGAAUAUUCAUUUCCUGUUUGA